GCUUACCGCCAUGAUCUAAAUGUUAACUGUCAAAGGCGGUAUCGUCGCAAGACGAGGUUCUUUCGAAUGUCUACUGGCGGUUCCUGCAACUUCGGGGUUAUAUUAACGAGAAACAUGAACUCACUCCCUGGGGUGAGGGUUUUGAACAAGCACUCUCAGCCUUAGACCCGGCGGACAACCUUGAAGAGUCUACCUUCCUUGCUAUUGAGAUGGCCCGUCUUGGUCUCCUGAAUACUAAGCAGUGGUUUUCGCAUCUCUCUGGUGGUCCCAUGAGAGGGUCAGAUGACGACAAGACAUUUAACCUCCUUGUUUCCCGUGUUGCGUGUAUCGGUAAACUACAACACAAGCCCAUUGGAUAUUCUGGACCUCUAAGCAGACAACUUCUCUGCUACCGCUCCUUGGUUUCCCAAGUCCGCUCCACGCUCCGCAUCCUGAUUGAGGCUGUUCUGGCCGAACUGUUUCUCAGCGGUGAUGCGGACCGUGACCGUGAGGACUGGUCGGAAAUGACUCUCAAGCUUCCCUUUAUCAACGACAAUGACUGCGGUCUCGGAAUCGCUGCCCGGACAUACUUGGACGAUCUGCCAGCUCAGACUAACCCGACCUCGCCAGAGGCUCGAGCAGAGACGAAGGCGAAGGGUAAGGCCUGGUUCCAGCACAGCGACAGCUUUAGCGGGAACUUGGACCUGGCGUUCAAGUUGUGGGAUGCGGUUUACAAGGCAACGCAGGGUGCUGGUAAAGAGGCCAAGGACGCAAAGACAUGGGACAACACCAAUGCGUGGUUGGCCGGAAGACGGUGAUAGUUACUACAGACAAUGCUUACGAGGUCGCCGCGAUACAGACGUCGCCUUGUUGACGGGUGUAUACAGACGGGAGUAUACAUUUGGCUACAUGUAAUUGUAUGUAGGAACGACAAGAAUCUAGACGAGAUACCUACAAUUUUGCCCUACAAGUAUAUAUUCCGUGGAGUGCUGCUGUUUCACCAUAAGUGCAUUGUAA